AUGAUCUUUGGGAGCACCGAGUCACCCACCCCAACGGAGCUGCCGUCACAAUCGACUUCAUCCUCACCGGCCGCGCCUUCCUCACCCGUCGCUUCGUCGAGCCAUUCGCAUUCGCAUCCGCAUCCGCAUCCGCACUCGUACUCCAACUCGCAGACGGCGGCUCCGACGGUCGCUGCCCCGUCGUACGCCUCGAGCAAUGCCCAUGUGCCGAUUUCGACCACACUCGACCAGCAUGCGCCUCUGACCGACCAUCUCUUUGUGAGUCGGUCAUUCUACGACCUCGUGAACGGCUGCAGUGGGGUGUCUGGCUGGCUGCUCAGUGCUGACCUCGCAGUCUGACCGCGUCGCCUCCCACGGCAUCGCAACCUCCUCCACAGAUCGCAGGCUGGACGAAUGCACUCUUCUCCGACACCCAGUUGACGGUCAACUAUGCGGCCAUGCGCCACUCCCCUUCGACUUUCCACCUGCAUGCCAUCAUCGUCUCGCAGUCACCGCUUCUACGCUCCCAGUAAGUCCGACUUCUCUCCCUCUGCCGAUUUAGCCCGUUCGAACCCGACUUUUUCCCCCCGCCCGAGUGGGUCCGGGGCCGGCAGCUACCAAACAUCGCUCCCGUCAUCUUCAGCAGAUUGGUCCUCAUCCAAUCGUGUUACUGACCAUAAGGUUAUCGCCCGAAACCAGGCUCGAAAUCAACUACCCGCAUCGGCCCUUGCACCUCAACUCGCCCGACCCCGAGAUUGACCCCGAGUCGGUCUCGCUCGUGCUCGCGUCGCUGUACAACCUCAGCAUCCUCACCGCGCAUCUCGAGGCCAAAAACGCCGUCUCGGUGCUCGCGGUCGCGUACUGGCUCGGACUCGACUCGGUGCUCAAGCGUGCCGAGGAACAGUGCCGCACCUCGAUUCGGUUCGUCAAGUCCAAGCACGAUUUUGCCAACUGGUACCGCGCUCUCGGCAUCCUGUCGGGCUCCGAGGCGGACGAUGCCCCGUCGAGCCACGGCCACCACUAUCAACACCACCAUCACACGUCUUCUCCUGGUGCCGGUGUAGGAUCAUCCUCCGAUCGGUCCGAAUCUAGGGCAUCGCUUGCGUCAAGUAAUGGAGUUCCCUUCACCGGACUCGCAUCCCCGAUGGAUCCGAACACUUCGUUCCCCCAUGGCAGCGACGGAGCCAGUCGCUUGAAUGGGCAUGCGAAUGCGAACGGCGGGGCCGCGAACGGUUCGGGGUCUGCACAGCUCAAGUACGGUGCUGCCGGUGCCCGACUCAAGGUCGAACUCGGUCGACGCCUGUUGGAUCUUCCGAACGAGUUGAAUGCUUUCCCGCCUGCGGGGUCGUCCUCGACGGGAGGUUAUGAUGAACUGGUGGAUCUGAUGACCAGUUUGCCAUUCGAGGUGCUCAAGGUGAGGAUGCGUGCGAGAUGAAUGCGAUGCAGGAACGUUUGGGCUGACUUGAUCCUUUUCUCUGGUGGUACCAGACCGCGUUGGAGUCGACCUCGUUCAAAAUCCCUGGUGGCGAUCUGCAGCGCUUCUCGUUGGGUCAGAAGAUUGUGGCGGCGCGUCGUUCGUUCGCGGCGUCGGCGGGGAGGCCACCGGUGUGGGAGGAGAACGUGGUGCUGCAGUUUGGUGCGAAUGGGACGAGCUCGAGUGCGGUUGGCUUGCUGAGGAAACGCAAGGUGCGAGGCAGUUGGAAGGUCUCGGAUUCGAGUUGA